CAAAACAAAAGAGCAGUUCUAGAAGAGUGUGUUAUCGUCUCAUAAAACCUCGCCUGCAGAGUCCAAACUUUUUAGGGUUUUAUCUUCUUCUUCUUCUUCUUCACUCUACAAAGCCACUAGAGCUCCUCCUCCUCCUCUCUUCUCCUCAAAAUUCAUUAGAAAUGGCCACAGCUCAGCUAACAGCCUCAUCUAUCUCGGCCAGGAGCUUGGCCUCAUUUGAAGGGCUUAGACCCUCAAACAGCAAGUUCGGGUCUCCAGCUGCAGUGUCACUGGUGGGCCACCGCUCCUUCCGCGGCCUAGUCGUCAAGGCCGCCACCACCGUUGCUCCCAAGUACACUUCGAUUAAGCCUUUGGGUGACAGAGUGCUUGUGAAGAUCAACACCGUGGAGGAGAAAACUGGUGGGGGAAUUUUGCUUCCAACCACGGCUCAGACAAAGCCUCAAGGAGGUGAAGUGGUUGCUGUCGGAGAGGGCAAAACCAUUGGCAAAACAAAAGUGGGGAUCAGUGUCCAGACUGGUGCAGAAGUUGUAUAUUCCAAGUAUGCUGGGACAGAGGUGGAGUUCAAUGGUACAAAGCAUCUUAUUUUGAAGGAUGAUGACAUUGUUGGUAUUCUUGAGACAGAUGAUGUCAAGGAUCUUAAACCCCUGAAUGAUAGAGUCCUAAUCAAGGUUGCUGAGGCUGAGCAAAAGACCGCUGGAGGUUUGUUGUUGACAGAGGCCAGCAAAGAGAAACCCUCCAUUGGCGAGGUGAUUGCUGUUGGACCCGGUACUCUUGACGAGGAAGGGAACAGGAAACCAUUAAGCAUCAGCAAGGGGAGCACAGUUUUGUACUCUAAGUAUGCAGGGAAUGACUUCAAGGGCAAAGAUGGUUCUGAAUACAUAGCUUUGAGGGCUUCAGAUGUCAUUGCCAUCCUUUCUUAGUUGUCCAAUUAGAUGUUCGCAGUUUGUAUUUUUGACAUGCCUCGCGGAGUUUCUUCUAGACAUUUCUGAUUACAUAGCUUUAAGGGCUUCAGGUGUCAUUUCUGUACCUUUCAAUGUAAUAACACUGGGAAUAUAAUGAUUGCAGUUGUGGCAAAUUUGUUAUCAAA